CGGAACAGCGCGCGCGUCUUGUGUUGUGCUCUUUUUUCAAAAUGUGGAUCUUUAUAAAACUGAUGAUUGUAUUACAAUACGCCCAUUCGUUGCGGAUAACGUCGGUGCGCAUCCCGGAGGUGCUGCAGCACGGCUCGCGGGCACCACUGACGCUGGACUGCGACUUCGUGACGGACAACGUCACGGGGCUCGUGGUGCAGUGGUUCCGUGACGGCCGGGAGCACCUCGUUUACCAGUGGAUACCGCCGAACCCGCCGCAGGCUUUGGGCAUUUUGCGAGAUAAGUUAGACCUUUCAUACAAGGCGUCAAACAACCCGCACACGUGGCACCGGGCGCUGCGCGUGCGCAGCCCGGAACCGGAGCUCACCGGCAACUACACCUGCGUGGUGUCCACCUUCCUCGCCGAAGACGAGAGGACCAGGCCCAUGACCAUAUUUGUGCCCGAGCGAAGAUUUGACAUGGUGCUGGAUAGGCUGAGCGAUGGCUACCUCAACGUCAUCUGUGCGGCAGAGGGAAUGUACCCCGCGCCUGAACUCACCAUCAUAGCCGCAGGAAGGCCAUUGAACUCAAAAUCGUCAGUGACUUUAUCACAUGGGCGCUACACGGCGCUCACUAGUGCUGUGGUGAGCAUGGACUCUCUGCCUCCCGCGGUGGAAAUGAAAUGUGACCUCCAAGUCCCCCUGGCGAACUACUAUAGCAUGAGGAGGGAUGUAUUCUACAGAGAUCCACCUGUUUUAAGUCGUGAGCUAUCUUCAUCAUCUGCACAUUCGCUACAAGACAGAGGACACACGAAUGAAAUGAAGAUAUUUUUAGUAUAUGUGGUCAUAUAUAAUAUUUUGCUGAUAACGUGA